AAUUUCAAAUGUGUUUCCCAAGCGUUCCGGAGGUUUUCCCCAUUUUUGCUGCUUUCCUCAUUUUGGCUGGGGAGUGAAUGCAGCAGGAUCAAGCAGUGGCUGAGAGGGAGAGCUGAAGCAAGGAUACUAGCUAGUAGGACGAUACUACAUCAUCAUGGCAGAUGAAUCCGACGAUUCUGAUGAGUGGGGGAUGGAAGAGCUCAACAUUCCUGCCAAGAAGGACAAAGCAGCAGACGAUGAAGACGCUGGCAAAGCACAAGGCGACAACGAGGAUGACUGGUCGACACCACUACAGAAAGAAGAAACCAAGGAACAGCCUCCAGUCAAGAAGGAAGAUGAUCGACCCAUGAUAAUAGUCGACAUGACCCAAAUGACAAAGGAGAAGAUUCACAGUAAAUUUGACCGUAACUCCGUCAACGACGCCGAGGCAGCGUCAGCACUUCGAAAGAAACUGGAGCAAGAUUAUGAUAGCUACGCCAAAGAUGCUGCUUUGCUGGGAGAUGGGACCGUCAUUCCAUGUGGCAUGUCGGUGUGGAGAGGGGCAUUGACGCGACUGCGAGAUGAGCGACCAGGACACUACUUUGCCCCAAUAUUUCCUCCAAAGAAGUAAGCCAAUUCAUGAUACUAUCAUACGCCAAUAUAGAUCACAGGAUGCCACUAAUCAAAACCUGCAAUUAUAAAUUAUAAAACUGUAACUAAAUUGAUGCAUCAUCUACCAAUAUGGAAGCG